AUGUUUAACGUGACUUUAUUAAGUAAAUAAUAUGUGCCAACUAAUAGAUUGAGUGGUAAAUGCUAUUAACAUUAUUGUUAAAAUAAUUCAUAAUAAUUGAUUAUUGAAGUAGGAGAUUAAAAGGUUAUUUGCACCAGAAACUUAGAAGAAAAAGAAGUUAGUGGAUAUAAUGGAUAUAUUUAAUGCCCAGAUAAUAUAAACGAGUUUUGUAAUUUUAAAAAAUUCUGUCCAAACUACUGUAAUGCAAACGGAUAUUGUUUAAACGGAUAGUGCUAUUGCGCUAAAGGAUUCUAUGGAAACGAUUGCUCACUUUAUAAAAAUUAGUGA